AUGAUUUCCGAUUGCUACAAGUGGCCAUACGUACUCCAUGCCGCGGUGCCGGACAACCAAGUGUUCUAUUUGGGGUUGCAAGAGGCUUUCUCGGCUGAGGAGGAAGAGGAUGCGAAGAAAGGGGGAAAAAAAGAGGAAGGCGGAGUGGCGCUGGCCUCGCUCGCUAAGGAGCUCGGUCCAAUAACAAUAACAACAACAAUAACAACAACUCGAACGCUCGCCAAGGUUUUGAUGUCAAAGAAGGAUGACGGUCUUGCCAAACUCGGGCCAUUCGUCAUUCCUGAACCACCACUUGGCGACCGACACCGACGGGUCAUGACGCCUACGUCACGCCCCUGGAGCGUCUCGCAUGUCCCAAGCACAAUAACAACAACAACAAAAACUGCGAGACUGGCCGAUGGAGCUACGAGUUUAGCGUUGACAGAGCACUCAACGUCUCCGUCUGUCUCGGACGCUGACAGGGAUAACAUCUUCGCUCUCGUAGCGGCGGCUUACAACAACAACAACAACAACAACAACAACUCCUUACCGAGCGCAAGCAGACGCCCAUUCGCCAGCAUGAACACGACAAUCAGCUCGCAGGUCAUCAGCCCUCUCUUCCUCCAGGUCGCGCCCGGGAAGAACGCAACGCUGGGCUGGGUCGCAUUCAGGCUCUACAGUCCUGGCACCUUGGGAGGGUGCGCGAACGCCAGCUUGAACGGCCUGGGCAUUAGAGCCGCGAGCCCGCAUCUGCUGAGGGGGGAGGCGAAUGUGGACUGCCGUGGCCGGGACGGUCCUACGCGUCGACGUAGAGCAGCACGGGGGAGAAGGGCGGCGCGGAAGGGGUCCGCGGAGGGGGAAGAAGAGCGGUGUGGUUUCCUGGAAUACAGCCAAGCGAGGAUCGUUGCGGCUGAUGUUCCAUCUGUUCUGUUUGGGGUUGGGCGCUGUUCUCCCUCAGCCGGCUUGAUCAACCUGAGAUUUGUCUCUGAAGUAUUGAUUGGGUUUGAGCUGGCGCAAGACGUACGGCCAAUUUCUCAAAUCUCGAUCGAGUGA